AUGGCGUUGCUGUGUGGCCUUGGGAGCGGCGGCAUGGAGGCUCUCACCACCCAGCUGGGGCCAGGGCGCGAAGGCAGCUCCUCGCCCAACUCCAAGCAAGAGCUGCAGCCCUACUCCGGUUCCAGCGCUCUGAAACCCAACCAGGUGGGCGAGACGUCGCUGUACGGGGUGCCUAUCGUGUCGCUGGUCAUCGACGGCCAGGAGCGCCUGUGCCUGGCGCAGAUCUCCAACACCCUCCUCAAGAACUACAGUUAUAAUGAGAUCCACAACCGCCGCGUGGCCCUGGGCAUCACGUGCGUGCAGUGUACGCCGGUGCAGCUGGAGAUUCUGCGUCGGGCCGGGGCCAUGCCCAUCUCGUCGCGCCGCUGCGGCAUGAUCACCAAGCGAGAGGCCGAACGCUUGUGCAAGUCGUUCCUGGGCGAACACAAGCCACCCAAGCUGCCUGAGAACUUCGCCUUCGACGUGGUGCACGAGUGUGCGUGGGGUUCUCGUGGCAGCUUCAUCCCUGCGCGUUACAACAGCUCGCGUGCCAAGUGCAUCAAGUGCGGCUACUGCAGCAUGUACUUCUCGCCCAACAAGUUCAUCUUCCACUCGCAUCGCACGCCCGACGCCAAGUACACGCAACCUGACGCCGCCAACUUCAAUUCAUGGCGUCGUCACCUUAAACUCAGUGACAAGUCGGCCACGGACGAGCUGAGCCACGCGUGGGAGGACGUCAAGGCCAUGUUCAAUGGCGGCACACGCAAGCGGACCUUCUCGCUGCAGGGAGGCGGCGGGGGUGGCGGGGCUAAUGGCGGGGCUGCUGGACAGGGGAAGGUUGGUGCUGGCAGUGGCGGCGCGGGUGGCCCCGGGUGCGGCGCAGAGAUGGCCCCAGGUCCGCCACCCCAUAAAAGCCUGCGCUGUGGCGAAGAUGAGGCGUCCGGGCCUCCGGGGCCACCUCCUCCCCAUCCGCAGCGCGGCCUGGGCCUAGCUGCCGGAGCCGGCGGCCCCGCGGGCCCCGGAGGACCUGGUGGGGGCGCCGGCGUACGCAGCUACCCGGUGAUCCCGGUGCCCAGCAAGGGCUUUGGCCUACUGCAGAAGCUGCCCCCGCCGCUGUUCCCUCAUCCCUAUGGCUUCCCCACGGCCUUCGGCCUCUGCCCCAAGAAGGACGAUCCGGUGCUAGGAGCGGGCGAGCCCAAGGGCGGCCCUGGCACCGGUGGCGGUGGGGCUGCGGGCACUGGCGGCGGCGCGGGCGGUCCGGGAGCUGGCCACCUGCCCCCAGGGGCCGGAGCCGGCCCCGGCGGCGGUGCCAUGUUCUGGGGACACCAGCCUUCCGGCGAAGCCCCUAGAACGGCCGCGCGCAAAGGCUCCUACGUGUCGGCCUUCCGGCCGGUGGUCAAGGACGCCGAGAGCAUCGCCAAGCUCUACGGCAGCGCCCGCGACGCGUACGGUGCGGGUCCGGCCCGUGGGCCGGGGCCGGGAGCGGGGGCCGGCGGGGGCUACGUGAGCCCGGACUUUCUGAGCGAGGGCAGCUCCAGCUACCACUCUGCCUCGCCCGAUGUGGACACGGCUGACGAGCCCGAGGUGGACGUGGAGUCCAACCGCUUCCCCGACGACGAGGUCGUCCAGGACGAGGCUGAACCUGGCGCGCCCAGCCUGGGAGGAGGCCCCGACGGCGACCCACUGACCGGACCGCCGUCCGCCACCUCCUCCGGCGCUGAUGGCUCCGCAGACUCGCCCGCGGGCAGUAGCCCCCAGCCCAGGCGCCGCCCGGGGCCACCUCCCUCCGGCCGGUCCGCAUUUGGGGACCCGAUAGCCGACGACGUGGUGCGGAGACCAGAGAGGAGCCCCCCAAACAGUGGCUACGAGCUGCGAGAGCCUUGCGUGCCGUUGGGGGGCCCCGCGCCGACCAAGGUGUACGCGCCCGAGCGGGAGCAGCACGUGAAGAGCGCGGCGGCUACGCUGGGGCCCGCGGCCUCCUACCUCUGCGCUGCCCAGGCCCACGAGCCGGAUAAGGAAGACAAUCACUCGACUGCAGAAGAUUUGGAGACGAGGAAAGCUUAUCCAGACCAAAGGAGUGUCUCCCAGCCCAGUCCUGCAAAUACGGACCGAGGUGAAGAGGGACUCACCUUGGAUGUCUCUGGCACUCAGCUAGUGGAGAAGGACAUUGAGAACCUGGCCAGAGAUGAGUUACAGAAACUCCUCCUGGAGCAAAUGGAGCUCCGCAAGAAGCUGGAACGGGAUUUUCAGAGUCUCAAAGAUAAUUUUCAGGAUCAAAUGAAGAGGGAAUUGGCUUAUCGAGAAGAAAUGGUACAACAGCUGCAAAUUGUCAGAGACACCCUGUGUAACGAACUGGACCAGGAGCGGAAGGCGCGCUACGCCAUCCAGCAGAAACUAAAAGAAGCCCACGACGCUCUGCACCACUUCUCCUGCAAGAUGCUGACGCCCCGCCACUGCACCGGCAACUGCUCCUUCAAGCCCCCGCUGUUGCCCUAGGGCCGGCCCGGCCGCGCCUUCGCGCCCUCAAGCCAUGCUGCUCAUGUCCUGUAAAUACCCGCGGCCGCGGAGGCCCAGAGCGAGGAACAAGCCAUUCGGAUCGGACCGAUGUAAAUACGGCCUCCCGCCCGCCGGCUCCCUUCCCGGGCUCCCUAGCCCAGGGCCCCCAGCUCCGUUUCCAAAUGUAAAUACUGCCUCACCCCAAGGCUGAACUCCAGGACAUGGAACCUCAAGGGUAAACUGGACCAAAAGAGGGGAGAAAAGGGAAGGGUGGGGGGUAUCUCUCCCUUCCACUGUCCAGCCCUGGGCCCCAGGGUUGUGAAUACCGUGCAGCAACUUCGCGGGGGUCGGCCCGCGCUGCCCAGUCCGGUCCACUUCUGAAACACUGGUUCCUAACGACAAAGUGGCUAUGUGCAAUGGAUAUAAAUGUAUUGUGAGUCUCUUGGUUCAGUACUGGGUUCACUUUAAUUUGUUUUUGCUGUAAGUUAUUUUGCUUCCCCUCCUGGCCCUACUUCCACUUCCGUUUUGCAUCCCCAUUUGGGUUUUGCUUUGUCUAUCAUUCGUUGUAACUUCUUGGUGUAACAGCACUUUAAAAGGGCGACAACCGACUCACGAGAUGGCGGCCACCUUGAGCCUGUUUGGGGAAACCAUUCUGUAUCUGUGACUUUGUUUUGUUUCUAAUAAAACAACAAUGG